AUUGACUCUUGGUGCAAAGAGAAUAGCUACGUGAUAGCUGGAUAUUACCAGGCAAAUGAACGCGUGAAAGAUGCCAGUCCAAACCAGGUUGCGGAAAAGGUGGCCUCCAGAAUUGCAGAGGGCUUUAAUGAUACAGCGCUCAUAAUGGUUGAUAACACCAAGUUUACAAUGGAGUGCAUAGAGCCUGCCAUUCACGUGUAUGAGCUUCAUGAGAACAAGUGGAGGUGCAAGGACCCACACGUUGAUUUUUGUGAAGAUUGGACCGAAGCCCAGAGAAUCGCUGCAUCUCUCUUGGACAGCAAGUCCUACGAGACGCUUGUAGAUUUUGAUAAUCACCUGGAUGAUAUCCGGAAUGACUGGACAAACCCAGAGAUCAACAAAGCUGUCCUCCACCUGUGUUAGAGGGGUUUCUACUGACUAAUUUACGGGCAUUCCCACUAUGUACUGAAGAGAGAAAAUUGCUAUUUUUGAAUGGAAAUAGAAUAAUAUUCAGUACCUUAUGUGGAAACCCGACUGAUUAAAAAGGAGUGGCAUGUCACAUUGCAAAGAGUGAUGUAUCCAUAAGCCAUUGAAUCUUUUUUUGUGAGAUUCCUUGGAAGAACUGCAAACUGUCAGUUACAGCUGUCCUCGUGGACACCUUCCCAGUUGUAGUGAACGUUGCUAUUCCUUCGAAACCAGAACUACUUCUGCUUGUCCCUACUGUUCAUAUUACAAAGUUUUGACUAAGCCUUUCUAAUCUUUAGAGAGAUUGCUUUUUAAUGAUUUAUGGAAAUACCUUUC